GUGCAGUCACCCUCGCGCUGCCCCGUGCUUUUUUGUUGUCGCAACGCGACGAUGCGCUGCUGCAAUUGAUUUUGCUGCACUGCGGUAAAUCUCAUCUCGCAAGACGCUCGCAGUCAUGACCGUUGCGACGACUACAUUUUAGGCUCCAUCGUUGAUGAUUACUCUUGUAUAUGAAUAAAAUUUUCGUCGAACGAAGAAAAGUUUCGUCUGCAGUUCGCGGGUGAACGUCCUACGAAUUCAGUUUCGCGAUUGAUAAAACAGCGAACGAAGCGAGCGACAACGUGAGCUGCUAUACGACCACGAUGACCGCGAAUAAAGCAACCGAAAAUUCGUCCAACGAAAAUUCAUGCGACGAUUACCCAUCCGAGAGCAGUCUUCCUUAUUACAGUGAUAAAUACGAUUCGGAGCUAGUUUUACGAGAGGACGAUGAACGAGGUCACUCUUUUCAGUCGACUCCCUUAUCAUUAUUAGAUAAAUACUACAUAAUAUUUCAAAGAAGACAGAAACAAAAAAAGAAUAUUGAGCCAAAAAAGCAAACGAACUACCCAGAGAAUCAAGAGAAACCUGCCAGCUCGCCGAGCGCCUGCGGGCCGCCCUGCUACUGCCGCCUCAAGUGCCAGGAGAAGCUGAAGAGUCGACGCCGCGCCCGCAUCCGCAGGACCUUCCUGAAGCUCGGUGCCAAGCAGCGCCUCCAGUACGUGGCGCUGUGCGUGAUCGAGACGCCGAAGCGUCGAUCGCGGCCCCGACUGCAGCCGCUCGGCAGCGAGCGACGCCAGAAGACCCUCACGUACAUACUGCAGGACGGCGAGCGCGGCCGAGCCCAGCGCGUCUGCAAGGCCAUGUUCCUCAGCACCCUGGGCGUCUCGGAGAAGUUCGUGCGCGGCGUCGUGGCCAGGCGGCGAACAUCCGGCCUCGGUAUGCUCGUCAACGGCUCGGCCGAGACGAUGCCCGGCGACGUCAGCGGCAAGCGCUACCUCGACGUGCGACUCAACUGCACCAACAUGUACAAGAUGUAUCUGCAGUGCUGCGAGACUCGCGGCCUGCCCAGGGCCUACAACGUCGGACUGAACUACUAUAGGGAGCUCUUCAAGUCUGAAUUCAAUUUAGAUUUUAAAAGCCGACUGCCUAAGCAAUAA